CUUUGCCGUCCUCACUGGUCGCCCGCCGCCCCCCAAAAAAUCCCGGCUUCGGCCCGUAGCCAUUUUGGCUCAAGCCAGUAGCCAUUGCCGUUCUGAUUCCAGGCUGCUGCUCGGCUUUACGCCGGCCCACUCGUGCGCACGCGCUUCAAUCCGAUGGAGCUGCAGCUCGACGCCCAGGCAGCGGGUGCCAGCAACGAUGAUGCGCAGCCGCUUUUGCCGCUUUCAGCACAGAGCGGCAAGAAUUGGUUGCGUGCUGCGCUGGCUACUGUGGUGAUCGUGGCGGUUGCUAUCGCGUCCGUCAUGGCUUUCAGCCACCAGAAGCUUCGGGCGGAGUCCGUCAACUUGGUCGCGACGCAGUUGGCCAGCACCAUCAAGCCUUUAAAGCCGCGGAAGGUGUGUGCUUCAGGCGCAGAGAGUUGCAUGGACUCGGGCUGCUGCAAGCAAACAGGCGCAAAGUGCUUCAAGAUGGAUGACAAGCACGCUUGGUGCAAUAUGACUUGUUCCAAGGGGAAGGGUUGGUCCUGCGAGGACAUUACUGCCACGAAGGAUGAAGUGGCAGCAGAAAACCCAGGUACAACGUUGUACUGCUACACGGUGGUUUUCCGCGAUAACCAUGGCAAGCCCAACCAUGAGCUGGAGUUGUUGAAGAUGCAGAUGCAGAGGGGGCUGAGUCUAUUUGCAUGCGAUGCGUACGAGAUUUUCAGCGACGUGCAACUCUCGGUGGGCGACUACGAGGCAGUCAAGGUUGAAGAUCUCGAGGGGGAUUUUUGCAAAUACACGCGUCCUGAUACGGGAGCGUGUGCCAACACGGCCAUAUUCUAUCAAGUGUGGCAGAAGAUGCGUGGGACAAGUGCUGUGUGGAACAAGGUGCAGGACAAGAAUUGGGUGAUCAAGGCAGACAUUGAUGCCGUGUUCAUCCCUGCGCGAUUGCGGGACAUGCUAUCACAAAUGGGGGAGCCAAAUGUAGGAGUGUAUUAUGAAAAUUGCAAGGGCGUGGACUCGGGAUUCUACGGCAACCUCGAGGUGGUGUCAACCAAGGGCUUCAAGAUAGUCGCUGAUAACAUGGAGGAGUGCAAGCGAAACCUCUGCUGGGGCGGCGAGUUGUGCGAGGAUUGGAAGUGGGGACCUUGGGGUGAGGACAAGUUCUUGCAGGAGUGCAUGGACAGGCACGGUGUCGCCAAGUUGCCACUCUACGAGCUGACCUACGACGGCUGUUGCGCAAGCGACCGGCCCGCAGGCGUGGAGACGCUCCCGAAUUCGAAGAACAAGCCGCUGAAAUGGAAGCCUUCAUGCUUGGAUUCGUACGCUCCAUCCACGCAUCCCUUCAAGACCGUGGAGUCGUGGGAGGCCUGCUAUGCCGACACCAUGAAGCCGAAGCCGCCGACGACUUCGUCGCACCCCCCGGAGUACUGCACCCAGACGCCGGCGGCCACCUGUGGCAAUUCCGAGAGGCUGUGCGUCCUGGACCACCAGCGUUGCAAGGGCGCGGCGGGCAGGGACGAGGACCUCGGCCAGGGGUUCUGCUGCACCGCGGCGGGCUGGGCCGACGAGGUGCCCAUGAUGCGGGGGUGCCGCUUCUGCGGGGACGAGGAGUGCGGCCCCUGCCCUUCCUGAUGCGGGCUCGCGGCGCGUGCGGGGCCGCAGCGCGAGCUUCCCGUGAGUGGGCAACUUGCCCCUUGUAUCGCUUCAUCCGGCAAAUCAGUGGAGUUUGACACUGCGCACGCUUGGAAGUAGUAGGACGGAUUUUUAGGGCGGUGCGGGAAUCAGUUUCUUGGCCGCUCCGUAUGUUCAUUUUUGUUUCAUGCCCUGUCGCGGGUGCCUACGAUUUUUCGGCCGAGAGUCGCUGCACCAUGUGCUCGGUGGCGUGACCGUGUGGCACGAACUCAUCACACACUGCACCUCUGUAUUUGCGGCGCAGGUCGCAGUUCGCGAGGGGCGGACACGGCCGUAGUUCGCCGCAACGGAGGUGAGCUUUUGUUUUCCAACAUGCGUCGCAGGUUUAGGUUUGGAACCUGGUGGAUGUUUUUCGGCGAGCCAGGCCGCCCUGCAGGGUCGGGGCGCGGGAGACCCCCUCAUCGCUGCAUCCGUCAAUUUUUUCCGAUGUGGCGCGCGGGAACCAGUUUCCUGGCAGCCGUGUAGGUGUAUUCUCUUGCGUGUUUGCGAUUUCUACGAAGAGCACUGUGGCACCACAGACCGCGCAGGCCGCAGACCGCGAA